CUUGACGCAGCCACAGGGAGCAGAACUACACGCCCGCAGAUACACAAAGACAGAGCAAGGACCUGCAGCUAUGGGGAUCAAACUGUAUUACACCACUGUUACUGCCUCACGGACGGUGAAGUCUCAGCAGGCCGAGGUGAUCCGAAUCCUCGAGAGCAAAAGCAUCCAGUAUGAGCUAAUCGACAUCUCCGUGGGUGGCGAGCUCCGCGACGAAAUGAGAAACAAAGCAGGAAACCCCACGGCUGUCCCUCCCCAGCUUUUCAAUGAAGACAAGUACUGCGGGGACUACGAGAUGUUUUCUGAGGCGGUGGAGGCAGAUACAGUGGACCAAUUUCUGAAACUGACUGAGGGCGGCGUGUGAUUCUCCAUCUUAAUCCCAUCCCCACAACCACUUACCUACCUACCUACCUACCCACCCUGCGCCCCAAUGGACCCCCUUUAUCUACUCUCUCUCUCGACACCACCUAUAGUGUCCACCCAUGUUCAAUGCCAUAAUGAAGAAUAAUGCCAAAUAAUCAGAAGACACACAUUCCCCCUACUGCACCAUUUCUCUCUCAAUCAGUCAUCAGUUUUUAUUUUUUUGUGUUUAUUUUCUGUUCUUUCCUUUGAUUCCUCUCGAACCUUUCUCUCCUUUGUGACACAUUAGUGUUACAAAGUGCUCCCAGGAAUCAACGGGGUGUCUAAAUGUGCAGUAAUUAGGUCGACUAAUCUUGGCCACGGCCACAUGAUCGCUGGAGAUUUAACUAAUCCACCGGAUGACAACAUUCAACCCAGAAUCUUCCCUGAACCUCUGCAGACCAAACACACCAUAAUCACUCAGUCUUAACUACUUUGUCGUCUCUUUCAGUAGCCUUCAGGUUCCCAUGUUGUACAUGACGGCACUCUUAUUUGUACUUCACACGGAUGAAAAUGCACACUGAAGUAGCAGGGACCGUAAUGUCCCUUUAAACCCAGUACAUUUUCAAUUAUUGCAGCUAAAAGACGUCUUUGUGGCGUUUAACUUUUUUUGUGGUUUUGGUCCAUUGGUCACCGUGUAAGGUAUGUGAUCAGAAGUUUGGUUCCAAAAUGGGACCCCACUGUAGCCCACUGUGGUCCUGCACUGAUCUAAACAGUGUAGACGAGCAGUGAUUCCACCAAAAACUCGAAAAGUCCUUUUUUGUACAAAAUUAAAGACGCGUUAAAGGGAACCUGUCAAGUUUUUUGGAAACAAACGUUAAAAGUUAUGUUUACAUCUAGUGUUUCUUACCUCGUGGUCUAACAAUCGUAUCGAGUGCAUAUCCUGCAUAAAACAUCAGUAAAGCCGAUUGAAAUUAUUUUCGUAAUCCUGCAUUGUUUACAUAUAUGUUAGUUUGCUGGCAGUCUUCUUCUUUGCUUCCUUUGUUGGCACGUUGCUAUGUUUGCUGGCACGAUACUACCAACUGUUUAUCAGUGGAAUAGCAUGGCAGCAUGCGUCCUUGUGCAUUAUACAAACCCAAUCUUAAAAAAACAAUACUCCAUAGCGCUACUAGUGGUCAAAAACUCCACAGGGUACCUUUAAGUAAUCAUUGGUUAACAGGCCUGUAGUUACCUUUUAGGACUUCAGAAUUCUGAGAUUUUAGACAACUGUCGAGGGAGUUAACAUAUUAUUGAAACAUAAAAAUUCGGAGUGUUUUAAAGGCUGUUAUCAGUAUUCAACUUUUUAAAAGUUUGACCACCUUUAGGCCAACAGGAAAAAGAAAUUUGAAAGGAUUCAGUAUUUCCCGAAAUGUAUUGUGUAGAAGUGUUUGACCCUUACGUAGAGAAACCAGGAAACUAAAUUUAAAGAAAAUAUUAUUGAAUAAUCAAAAACUAAAACACAGUAUGAAAAGUCCAACUCAUAACCUUUCGUAGGGCGAUAGGGUUUCAGUGGGGGACUCAUUACUUCAGUAUUUUAAAAUCCUUGCUAUGCCCUUUUUGGUGACUCGUAUAAACAAAUUUGCAUUUGGGAACCAAACACUGUCAGUAGGCAUUUAUUAUGGUCUCCAAUGGUCCAGAGUUACAAAACAAACAUUUCAGUGGUUCAGCAUUUCAUUAGAUAGCCGUUUAAUUUUAGCAUCAAGUCAAAAAGGAAGAACAUAUCUCCUAAUGUCACAUUUGGUGCCAAUACAUAUAUAUAUAUAUAUAUAUCUGUAAUGCGCUUAUGCAGGUGGAUAUUCACUAUAGUAAUAGCAAUUACCUGCAGUCUUCUACGUUUUUCCAUAAUUUAACUGUAUAACUUGAAAGCUUCAUCUCUGUAUUGUUGGCUGACAGACGCCAAACAUUUAAUAGGGCGCAUAAACAAUCGGACUGAAAAGAUGUGAACCUUCGAGCUUUUGAGGACGUAGCUUCUUGUACUUCUGUUUCUUUUAUGUUACAGUAACACUGAUUUUGUCCUGGGCAUGAAGAUGCAGUAAUGUGACUAUGCACUGAAACCCUGCCUCAUUCCAAACGGAGAGAAAGGUCAAAGCUGAUGUUUUAGUUGGACCUUACUCAGUCUUAAACUAUCCUUAGGGAACACUUACCACAUGGGAAAAAUGAAGGCUUCACUUAUUUGUGCUUUUCAUGUAUUUGCAUUCAUUCAGUUGAUUGAUCUCACUUCGGAAUACAAUGUUCAUGUAUCGGGUCUCAUAUCAUGUUUUUUUAAAUUGAGGACCACAUGGUUUCCCUCUCUCACCUCUUACUUGUAACAUCUGUCAAACCCCCCCUCUGCUUUCAAAAUUGUGUUGUUACGGUUUGGGAUCCCUAGUAAUGACAGCUUUUACACACAAUGUUUGUGCACUGUUUUGUAAGUCGAUGGUUGUAGACGUUUGCCUGUUAUUGAUGUAUAUUCACUAUGAACCAUAUUUUAGACAUUCCAUGUCUUUCUCUCUGAGCUCCUGCUUUGCUUUUGGACCAAUUCCCCUUGGCCAAAAAAUGAAGAAAAUAGGGAAUAAAAUGCUGAUGUCUUCCAAGAAGAUUGUGAAAAGUGAUUUAUGGGUAUAAAAAUAAAAUGGAGUUGAAUUUA